CGGCCCGGGAGGCGGAGGCGCGGGGGAGGAGGCCCCGCUUGGCUCCGCAGCCCCGGAUGCUGCAUGACUUCAUCCUUCCGCCGGCUCCCCUGCUGAGCUAGGGCCGGUCCGGCAGCUAGCCCGCCGCCCGCGCCCCGCCGCAGUCCCGCGCCCACCCCGCGCCCGCCAUGUCCGAGAUCCUACCCUACAGUGAGGACAAGAUGGGCCGCUUCGCCGCCGACCCCGAGGGCUCCGACCUCUCCUUCAGUUGCCGCCUGCAGGACACCAACUCCUUCUUCGCGGGCAACCAAGCCAAGCGACCCCCCAAGCUGGGCCAGAUCGGCCGAGCCAAGAGAGUGGUGAUCGAGGAUGACCGGAUAGACGACGUGCUGAAGGGGAUGGGGGAGAAGCCGCCGUCCGGAGUGUAGACGCGCCGGCUCCGGCGGCGGGCUCCGGGCCCAGCCCCGCAGCGGCCAGGAGCGCGGGCCGGCUAUGCGGCUGCCGGCGCCCCCCGCCCCGGCCCAGGCGCCCGCGGGCGGGGGCUGCAGGGCCGCGCCGCCUUCGGGUUGGAGUCGCUGCCGCCGCCGCCUGACACUCCGGAGCUGUCCGCUUCAGCACCACGGCGGCGGCGGUAGCGGAGGCGCGGACCGGCCCGGAGCCCGCCGCCGCGCUCAUGCACUUUAGAACCUCGGGCCGCAGCCCCACCCCGCACACCGGAACGGACACAGAGACCCGCGGCCCUCAGCCCUUGACCCGCCCCCUCCCGCACGGCUCCCCUGCCCCGCCCCUCUCCGGCCGGUCUGGUCUGCAGAGCCCGCUGCCGGCCGGUGUCGAACCGCGCGCGCAGCCAGGAAUGUUUGGCUGCGUAUUUGCAUGAGCUUCCCACCCACCUGAGCCCAGCCCUCCAGGCCGCUCCCUCACUCCCACCCCUGUCUGGCGUGACCCCAGCCUCAGCCUCUUUCUAAGGGACUUCCUCAGCACAUUUGUAUUUUUAUAUCCGACUCUUUGUUUACUGGCUCCCCUCAUGGUUCGUGCCUCCCCCUCCCCCCCAAGUCUCGGCCACGCUCUUCUGCGCCUGGCAGAUAGGAUGGGUGUUGAGUCUGAGAUGGAAGGAGCCCCCAACAUGGUAACCAACCACAUGGUCAGUCUGCUCAGGCCUGACCCCAGGCGACUCUCUGGCAGACCCCUUCUCUCAAGGUAUCACCUUCCAAGGGCCCAGGUCUGAUUUUACCUUGGACCCCUGCAUCCUGCCCCUGGGAACCCAAGUGAGGACUGCUCGGCACCUUUGGAUGACACCCGUGGCCCUGGAGAUGUUUUCAACCCAGGGGUGUCCUUUGUAAAUGUUCCUCCAUCCUCACUGUACCAGGAGUGUGUGAAUAAACACAGACCUCCCUGCGUG